CCAAACAUUCAUAGACCAUGGCAACACAAGGAAGGAAAACCUGAGCAUUAAAACAUAGGAUCCUUUGCCCACUGGAAGACUAGUAGAUCUCAUGCUAUGGUUUUUCUCCUGGAAGGCUGCUUGGCACUUGUUUAUCAUCUGAAAUAAAAUAAGAGAUUUCUUCUUUUUUUUUGCUGACACCAUUGACAGAUACAUUAACACCCUGACCGCUUGCAGUAUAAGAAGAGACAACUUAUUAAAUUGUUCUAUGCCAUAAAUAUACACAUGCCUUCAAAAGAACUUUGAAGCCUGCCAUAUGUAGACAUGUGAUCCACUCAGACAUAAUCCUCCAGUGAUAAAGAGCUGGGCACUUUCCAGCCAGGAGCUCUGACUGUGCUAAUCUUCUUUCAGAGACACAGACGCAUUUCCCCUUCCACUCCCCCUUCUCUGUAACUUGUGAUUCCCGAGCUAUGGGAAAUAUGUGUGGCCCCUCUGGCUCUUUUUCUUUGCUACGCCCUGACCAAGGAUUUAUGCCUGAUGGAACAGCCUCCUAGUUAGAGCCCAAUGACUCUAACCCAGCAGGAUAACAGCCGAGCUUCUGCAGUCCUGCGAUUUGGGCAUUGCCAGAAUGGGACCCCUCAGCAGGAAAGAAGAAACCGUAAAGUUUAAACCCUUACCUGGGAAAGAUCCUUUUAAGCCAGUGAAGCUCUCCAAGAAGAGAACAGGCCAGUUGAUUAUGCACAGCACAGUCAUGUUUGGCCGUGAGUUUUGCUACGCGGUCGAAGCUGCCUUUGUCACCCCUGUGUUGCUCACCGUGGGGCUCCCCAAAAGCCUUUAUAGCUUCGUAUGGCUUAUCAGUCCCAUCCUAGGAUUUCUCCUGCAGCCUGUGGUGGGUUCGGUCAGUGACAAUUGCACUUCUAGGUGGGGCAAGCGAAGACCUUUUAUCUUGAUCCUUGGCCUUCUGAUGCUCCUGGGGAUGGCUUUGUACCUCAGUGGAGAUGCACUCAUCUCAGUUCUGGAUGUUGAUCGAGGCACUUGGAAGACAUGGGCUAUAAUUAUUACCAUGCUGGGAGUCGUGCUGUUUGAUUUUGCUGCUGAUUUUAUUGACGGUCCCAUCAAGGCGUAUUUAUUUGAUGUCUGCACUCAUCAGGACAAGCAAAAGGGGCUCCAUUAUCACGCGCUCCUGACAGGUCUUGGAGGUGCUCUGGGAUACCUGACGGGGGCCAUUGAUUGGGGAGCAACCAUUUUGGGAAAAUAUUUGGGGUCAGAAUUCCAUGUGAUGUUCUUUUUUGGGGCCCUUGUGUUCCUGCUCUCUCUUACGGUGCACUUGUGCAGCAUCCGUGAAUCCCCUCUUGUUCACACCAGUGACGAGACUAAAAUCCUGGUGAAAAGCUCUCAGCCUGAUCAAUAUGGUGCCAUAGAAAGUGUCAAGAAUAACAGUGAAUACAGUGAAAUGCAGAUUUCACCCAAAGAGGAGAAACUCACCACAAAAGCAGACAUUCAGGUUCAAAGGCAGAUAACCAUUAUGUCUCUCCUAGAAGCUCUUAUAAACAUGCCACCUCACUACCGCAGCUUAUGCCUGAGUCACUUGAUGGGAUGGACAGCUUUCCUUUCCAACAUGCUCUUCUUCACUGAUUUUAUGGGACAGAUUGUGUUCGAAGGUGAUCCUUAUGCCCCUCACAACUCCACUGCUUAUCUGACCUAUAAAAAGGGUGUAGAGAUUGGAUGUUGGGGUUUGUGCAUCAAUGCCAUUUCUUCUUCAGUCUAUUCCUAUGUUCAAAGAGCUCUGCUACCGUUCCUAGGAUUAAAAGGACUCUAUUUUGUUGGCUAUCUCCUUUUUGGAUUAGGCACUGGAUUUAUUGGGCUAUUUCCCAAAGUCCAUCCUACUCUGAUUCUGUGCUCCCUGUUCGGUGUCAUGUCCAGCACACUGUACACGAUACCAUUCAACCUUGUUGCUAAUUACCACAAGGAGGAAUUGAAUCAGAAACACGAUGAAGCUGCAGACUCCAGCCGAGGAAAGGGUAUUGACUGUGCUGCUUUGACCUGUAUGGUCCAACUGGCCCAAAUCAUCGUUGGGGUGGGCCUGGGUCUCCUGGUCAGUGCUGCUGGCAGUGUGGUGGUGGUAGUGAUCUCUGCCUCUGCGGUUGCCUUGCUGGGUUCCUGCUUUGUAGCCUUGUUUGUUCGGUACAUUGACGAAAGCAAUAAAUAGUUGAUUGGU